GAACGCUAACCUCCUCCAUAAAAGGCCCUUUUGCAUCUACUUCCCACAAGAGCUGAGCUACUGGUUGGUGGAAGCAGCUGGAGCCAGAGGAAAAUCCAGGGCACGAGAGUGAACAUGGCUAAACACUUCGAAGAGGCAAGCAGAUGUCCCAUGUGCCCGGCCUAUAAUGAGAACCCCAUGUACCUGAAAUGUGGAUACCUCUGCUGCCUCCAGUGCAUCAACUCCCUGCAAAAGGAGCCCCAUGGCGAGGGUGUGCUGUGCCCUGUCUGCCCUGUGGUCUCUCAGAAGGACGACAUCAGGUCCAAUUUUCAGCUAGGAAAGCUGAUCUCCAAGAUCAUGGAACUGGAGCCCCAAAUGAAAAAGAUUCUGAAGAUGAACCCAAGGAUGCUCAGGUUCCAAGUGGACAUGAUCUUGGAUGUGGACACAGCUAACAACCUCCUCACCAUUUCUGCUGACCUGAGGACAGUCCGCUGUGGGCGUUUCAAGCAUCAGCUGACAGAGCACGUGGAGAGAUUCGACUACGCCUUGUGUGUCCUGGGCUCCACUCGGUUCACUUCCGGCCGCCAUUACUGGGAGGUGGACGUGGGAACAAGCCAAGAUUGGGUUCUGGGCGUUUGCAGAGAAUCUGCUCGUCGAAAAGGAAAGAUUCAGCUGUCUACAGAACGUGGAUUCUGGACGGUGGGUUUGAGAAAAGGAGGCUACUUCUUUGCCAGCAUCACGCCUGCCUUGGAGCUCUGCGUGGACCCCAACUUAGGCCGCGUGGGCAUUUUCCUCGAUAUGGACAUGGGAAGCUUGUCCUUCUUCAACAUGAGUGAUGGAUCCCAUGUCUUCACAUUCACCGAGAUUUCAGCUUCACAGACUCUACGCCCAUUUUUUGGUCCUUCAGUUUCAAGUAAUGGUCAUCAGGGCUCCCUGAGUAUCUGUCCUGUGAUGAAUUUUUAUUACUUUAAAUUCAACUAGUAUGUUAAGGAGGCUGUGAAUAAAUAAACAUUGGGGCGUAUGGAAAAAUAAAAUUGCAUGCUAAUACUAAAAGUUUCUUGAGUAACAACAAAUCAUAAUAUUAGUAAAAAUAAUUAUAACACAAUCUUAUAUGUGUUUAAUGCUUUGGUAUUUAUAACACCCUUUCUUGCCUACACAAUCUCAUCUGAUUCUAGAAUACGGGAUAGUUAGAGAAUAUUUUCAUGAGUAAGUGAGUGAAUUAAUGAAUGAAUGAAUGACUUGGAGGCUAUUUGGUGGAGGGAAACAACUAUGAGAGGGCUUUGGGGAAGGAAUUUCGUUCAGCUGCUAGUAAGAUCCAAAAGACCAGUAACUGUUAUGAGUUGAAUUAUGUCCCUCAAAAAUAUGUUUUAAAUCCUAACCUCUAUGCCUGUGGUUGUAAUCCUAUUUGAGAAUGGAUUGUCUUUGUUACUUUAAUGAGGCAGGAUUAGCGUAGGGUGUAUUUCAAGUCAAUCUCUUUUGAGAUAUAAAAGAGAUUAAACAAGCAAACAGAAGGGGAGGGAUGCCAAACCACAUGAAGACUCCCCAGAAGCAGAAGCUCAGAGACAAGGACCUUCCUCCAGAGCUGGCAGAGAGAAAGAAAGCCUUUCCCUGGAGUCAGCAACCUGAAUUCCAACUACUAGGCUCCUAAACUGUGAAAAAAUAAAUUUCUGUUAAACCACUGCUUGUAUCUCUGUUAUAGCAGCACUAGAUACCUAAGACAGUGACCUAAGCAAGAUAGAGGCUUAUUUUCCACUCACAUGAUAAACAUAAAACGCUGACAUGACCUAAUACCGACAAGCUGGAGCUGCAGGAACUCUCAUCCAUUGCUGGUGGGAAUGUAAAAUGGUACAGCCACUUUGAACGACAUUCUGGAAGUUUCUUACAAAGCUAAAGGUUAGGCUUAAUAUAUGACCCAGCAGUCAUACUCCUAGGUGUUUACCCAAAUGAACUGAAAACUUAUAUCUACACCAAAAACUACCCAUGAAUGUUUAUAGCAGCUUUAUUCAUAAUUGUCAAAAAUUGGAAGCAGCCAAGAUGUCCUUCAAUAGGUGAAUGGAUUACCAAACUGGUGCAUCAAUACAAUGGAGUAUUACUCAACUAUAAAAAGAAAUGAGCUAUCAAGCCAGAAAAAGACAGAGAAAUCUUAAAUGCAUAUUGCUAAGUGAAAGAAGCCAGUCUGAAAGCUACAUACUGUAUGGUUCCAACUAUAUGACAUUCUGGAAAAAGUAAAACUAUAGAGAGAGCAAAAAGAUCAGUGGUUGCCAGAGGUUGCGGCAGGGGGAUAAACAGAUGAAGCACAGGGCACUUUAAGGCUAGUGAAAAUAUUCUAUGUGAUAGUGUAAUGACAUACAUGACAUUAUGUAUUUGUGAAGACUCAUAGAGCUAUGCAAAAAAAGAGUGAACUCUAAUGCAAAGUACAGACUUUAAUUAAUAAUAAUGUAUUAAUAUCGGUUAAUCAAUUGCAACAAAUGUACCACCCUAAUACAAAAUGGUAAUAGUAGGAGAAACUGUGUGCAGGGGGGAGGGGUUGUUAUGGAUUGAAUUGUGUCCCCUCAAAAUGUGUAUUAAUUUGGCUAGGCCAUGAUUACCAGUAUUGUAUGAUUGUCUACCAUUUUGUCAUCUGAUGUGAUUUUCCUAUGUGUUGUAAAUCUUAUCACUAUGAUGUUAAUGAGAUGGAUUAGUGGCAGUUAUGUUGAUAAGAUCUAUAAGAUUAGACUGUGUCUUAAACCAAUCUCUUUUGAGAUAUAAAAGAGAGAAGUGAGCAGAGAUUGACAAGCCUUUCUUCCUAGUCCAUCUUAGUCUGGAACUCUUGCUGAAACCUGUUAUUGUUUUAUAACUUCCUUUUAUUUCCCUCUUUACAUUUGUUAUGGAUUGAAUUGUGUCCCUCAAAAAUGUGUGUCAACUUGGCCAGGCCAUGAUUCCCAGUGUUGUGUGGUUGUCCACCAUUUUGUAAUCUGAUGUGAUUAUCCUAUGUACUGUAAAGCCUAACCUCUAUGAUGUUAAUGAGGCAGGAUUAGAGGCAGUUAUAUGAAUGAGGCAGGACUCAAUCUAUAGGACUAGGUUGUAUAUUGAGUCAAUCUCUUUUGAGAUAUAAAAAAGAGGAGAGAGACCUCAUACCACCAAGAAACAGGAGCUGGGAGGGAGCACAUUCUCUGGACCCGGGGUCCCUGCGCUGAGAAACUGAAGUAGAGAAAAUAUACUUUCUAGUGUUUUAGUAUAGCUGAAUAAACUGUGAUUAAUCUCUAGUCUUUGAAACAUAAUUACUUGCUCUGGAAAUCUGUCUCACAAUUGUUCCUUUAAAGAAAAAUAAUCAAUUUUUUGUUGUUGAUUAAACCAUGUUCCUCUCCCAGGGGGCAAAACACACAGGACUGAGGUAGCUGAACAAAACUCAAAUCCAUCUUGUGACUGAAACUAGGAUGGCGUGAAGAGACUUGCAAAACUUCAAUAAUAGAUCACUUUAUCAUUAUGUCCACCUCAGAGAAGAAUCAACAUUCCUGGAAAUCUCUAAACCCUGACCUCCUCCCUAUAAAACCCUCCAGUUAGCCCUUUAGACUUAGACAGAAUUUGGGAGGAACUUAUCCCCUCUGUCUCUUGAAUACCGGUAUUCAAAUAAAGCCUUCUUACUGCUUACUUCCUCCUGUCUCAGUAUUGGCUUUGUGGAAGGUGGCUCGAAUCCACGAUUUGCAGUAACAAAACUCCUACAUCAGGGAAGAUUGAUGACAAGGACCUUCCUCCAGAGCCUACAGAGAGAGAGAGAGAGAAAGCUUUCCCCUGGAGCUGGAGCCCUGAAUUUGGACUUCUAGUCUCCUAGACUGUGAGAGAAUAAAUUUCUCUUUGUUAAAGCCAUCGUUUGUGGUAUUUCUGUUAUAGCAGCACUAGAUAACUAAGAAUAUUAACCGGGGCAUUUUAUGAUUUAAUUACGUGAAACUAGACUGUAGAUUGGUUACAUUAUCUAUGAAUGCUAAAGGUGAGUUGCAAAAUACUUAUUUUAAGAAAGGGUCAUUGAGCCAGAUAGGGUUGAGAAAAAGCGUAGGUGACUCACAGUAUAGGGCAAUAAAUACUACCUAUUUAUUAUUAUUAUUAUUAUUACAGUUAUUAUCACCUUUCAUCACCCCCAGUCACAAUGAGGUUGAGGGCCAUGGAGAUUGGUCCUGCUGUGAGUCAUUGGUGUGCUCCUGGAGGAGAGGGCUCUCGGCCUGAAGCCAGUUCCCCAGGGGGAGGUGGCAGAGAGUGACGCAAGCCUGGUUUCCAAGAAACCUCCACCCUGCUACCACUUCUCCUGCCCGCUUCUCUGGAGCAGGAAGUCCCUUGAGGAAGUGCCUCUUUCCCUUGAGCCCUGGAAGCCCCCAUGAGCUACCUACUAAGUGUGCUGGCCAUGUAGCUCCCACUAACCACACCAGCCUGGGUUUUGCCCCCAGCCGGGGAGGCCCAGCCAGCCAGGCACCAAAGCUGCUAAGCCAACAGUCCAGGCAGAGCUGACAUCAGCGGGUCCUCCGCAGCCCGGGCGGGGGAGGGGUGCGGCUGGCCUGGGAGCCAGCUGGUCUCACCCCCAGGGGAAGUGAGGAGGAGAGGGAGAGGGGAGGAGAUGGACAGGCCUGGACCUGGAAAGGCGCCUGCGGAGCUGUGACUCCACCAGGCCGUAGUCACCUGGGGAACACUGCUGGAAGGAGGAAUGGGACACAGUGUUGCUACCCUGCUUGGAACCUUUCAGUGGCAUUGAAGACCUCUGCUUACACCUCCAUCCUCAUCUCCUGCCAUUCCCUGUGAUGCAUGGGACCUUCCCACGGAACUACUUAUAGUGCCCUCCAAAGGCCAUGCCUAUGUGCUUCCGGGCUUACAAUUCUUUGCCUGAAUUGCCUUUCUCCGGCUCAUCUAGCUAGAGGCAUCCUUAAAAAUGUCACCUCUUCCCCUCCGGCCUUCUCGUCCUUGCCCCUGGGCUGAUGCGCUCAUUUGGUCUCCUAUACAGGGUUGAACUAGGUGUGUUAUUGUUUGUUUAUAGGGUCCUGAUGAGUUGGAAUCCUCUCAAUGGCAGUGGGUUUUAAUCUUUGGCUGGGGCGUGGACCUUGGGAAUGUCUUCAGUGCUGAGUUGAAGGGGUGUCUGGGGGGCUAUGCUUUCGGGGGUUUCUCCAGUUUCUGUCAGACCAGUAAGUCUGGUCUUUUUUUGUGAGUUUGAGUUUUGUUCUACGUUUUUCUCCAGCUCUGCCUGGGACCCUGAAAUGCAAAUGUUUUGCUGUAUUUAUUUCACCACAAUAAAAAUAAAAUACUCCUUCAUGGGGAAAAAAUAUAUGUAUGUCACCUUCUCCUGGUAGUAGUUCCCAAAUCAGACAGAAUUACUCAGUCUGGCCUUUGUCUAACCACAAAACCAAACCCUUUUUGGGUAGAUUCCGACACCGAAGGACCCGAUGUAGGGCAGAAUAGAACUGCCCCAUAGGGUUUCCAAGGAGCAGCUGGUGGGCUCAAACUAUUGGCCUGUUGGUUAGGAGCUGAGCUCUUAACCACUGCGCCACCAGGCUCUGUCUCAGGUGGACUGAAAUGGCCAUUUGUCUAGUAUAUCAUUGCUGUUAGUUGCUGUGGAGUUGGUUCCAACUCAUAGUGACCCUACAGGACAGACAGAGUGGAACUGCCCCACAGGGUUUUCCAAGGAGUGCCUGGUGAUUUGAACAGCUGGCCUUUUGAUUGGUAGCCGUAGCUCUUAGCCGCUACAUCACCAGGGUUUCCCUGUCUAGUAUAAACCCUCUGCCAUCUAGUGGAUUCCAACUCAUAGCAACCCUAUAUGACACAGUAGAACUGCCCCAUAGGGUUUCCAAGGAACACCUGGUGGAUUCAAACUACCGACCUUUCGGUUAGCAGCCAUAGCUCUUACUCACUACACCACCACGGUUUCCUAUCUGUCUAGUAUAGUGGUUUUUAAACUUUACUGUGCAUCCCAUUCACCCAGAAGGCUUGUUAAAACACUGAUUGCUGGGAUUCGUCCCCAGAGUUUUUCAUUCGGUAGGUCUGGGGUGGGGCCAAGAAUUUGCAUUUCUGCAAGUUCCCAGGUGUUGUUGAUGCUGCUGGUCCAAGAAUCACACUUCGAGAAUCACUGGUUUAAUACAAGAAAUUAUCAUCCCUGGGUAUUGUUGUUAGUCACCAUGGAGUUGAUUCCAACUCAUGGCGAACCCAUGUGUGCAGAGCAUAACUGCUCCAUAGGGUUUUCAAGGCUUUUGGAAGCAGAUCGACAGGACUGUCUUCUGAGGCCUCUGCCUUUGAGUGGACUCAAACCUUCAACGUUUGGGCUAGCAGCAGAGCACAUUAACCAACCUUUUGACUACCCACGGGCUCCAAACAUGGACCAGGUGUUGUAUUCUCAGUGUCAGUCUUAGAAGGUAUCUUGGUCACUUAGUGCUGCUAUAACAGAAAUACCACAAGUGAAUGGCUUUAACAAAGAGAAACUUAUUCUCUCACAGACCAGUAGGCUAGAAGUCCGAAUUCAGGGCGCCGGCUCCAGGGGAAGGCUUUCUCUCUCUGUUGGCUCUGGAGGAAGGUCCUUGAGAUGCAUCAGUCUUCCCUUGGUCUGGGAGCAUCUCAGUGCAGGAACCUCAGGUUCAAAGGACAUGCUCCACUUCUGCCACUGCUUUCUUGGUGGUAUGAGGUCCCCAUGUCUCUCUGCUCGCUUCCCUCUUUUAUAUCUCAGAAGAGAUUGGCUUCAGACACUACCUAAUCUUAUAGACCUCAUCAAUAUAACUGCCACUAAUCCAUCUCAUUACAUCAUAGCGAUAAGAUUUACAACACACAGGGAAAUCUCAUCAAAAGAUAAAAUGGUAGACAAUCACACAAGGGAAUCAUGACCUAGCCAAGCUGACAGCUAUUUUGGGGGGACACAAUUCAAUCCAUGACAGAAGGCAUAGGGUGGGGGAAGGAAGAAGAGGACUUUUUUUUCCUACCCCAGGCCACAGAAGGCCCAGAGUUCAGUGGGUAGUGAGGAGAUUCCUGCUCUGAUAAUUCAUCAUGUUGACGCAGAAAAGCACUUUAAAUGGCACAUUUCCUCUAAAUAUAUGCCUCAAGUUCCUAAGAGGAGCAUAAUUUAGAGACUCAAUCUGAAUCACAAUAAAGAGAAUGAAAAAUUUCCAGGGUCCCUGUGAGGUGUUUAAACAGGGCGAGAGAAAAGAAAAGUAUAUACAGACCAAUCCCAACCCCCUUAAACAGUCUCCAUCUGGAGGGGAAAGCUCAGCAAUGGCCUUUCAGCCUUCAGGCUCCCGUAAGUUUAUUUCCAGUAUCACGGAUGCUCUCAGCAACCCAAGCCUAGUCCUCUGCCAAAGGAACUUGAAGUCAGAAGGAAACUUCCAAAGAAUUUGGAAAUGGGAGCAGAGCCUCCCUCUAUCCAAAAGAAGGCAGAAUGAAGAAUCUGGGACCUGAAAUUCCCCAGAGAUUGAAAUAAAAUGCUUCUCAAUUGUGAAGGACCUGAACAGACAAUUCUCAAAAGAGGAUAAGCAAUGAACAAAUGUGGGGAUGAAUAUCAAACCCCAGUAGUAACUAAAGAAAUGCAAAUAAAACA